ACGGAGCGCGAUAAGACAAACGGAGCUGGGAAGGCGGAAACAGAGCAAGAGGUUGACGAUAGAGCUGAGGUGCAUUAACCGGCGACUGCGGGAAAGAGCGACGCUCACCGCAGAAACCGCGUUUGAAAGCCCAGUAUCUGGGUGUAACAGAUUUACUUUUAUUUCAGGUCGUCGGAUAAGAAGCCCGUUUGAGUGGAUAAAACCGCACUAGCGAGGAAAAAGGCGGAUUGUUUCUCUCUCCGGCUUGACUAGAAUUGUUAGGGAUUUGAGAAUGUCGGGGAGCCGAGAGGAGGAGCGGCGGAAACUCGCCGACAUCAUCAACCACUGGAACGCCAACCGGCUCGACCUGUUCGAGAUCAGCCAACCGACUGAGGACUUAGAGUUCCAUGGCGUGAUGCGCUUUUACUUCCAGGAUCGAGUGGCGGGGAACUUCGCCACAAAGUGUAUCCGAGUGUCCAGCACCGCGACCACGCAGGAUGUGAUCGAGACACUGGCGGAAAAGUUCAGACCGGAUAUGAGGAUGCUGUCUUCUCCCAAAUACUCCCUCUAUGAGGUCCAUGUCAGUGGCGAAGAGAGGAAACUGGACUUGGAUGAGAAACCACUGGUCGUACAGCUGAACUGGAACAAAGAUGACAGAGAAGGCCGCUUCGUUCUCAAGAAUGAGAACGACAUCAUGCCCAAGAAAACACUGACAAAUGGCCCUGAGAAAGAGAAGGAGGGGGUGAUCCAGAACUUCAAAAGAACAUUGUCAAAGAAGGAGAAGAAGAAAGAGAAGAAGAUGGAGAAGCAGGCCUUUUCCAGAAUUCCAGAUGGAGACGAUAACAUACUGAACCGCGAGGAUGGAGAGAACUCUAGGUUGGCUGCUGAGGUAUAUAAAGACAUGCCAGAGACCAGUUUCACACGGACCAUUUCAAACCCUGAGGUGGUGAUGAAGAGGAGACGGCAGCAGAAGCUCGAGAAGAGGAUGCAAGAAUUUCGCAGUGGAGACGGUCGACCGGACUCAGGAGGGACUCUGAGGAUCUACGCCGAUAGUCUGAAGCCAAACAUUCCCUACAAGACCAUCCUGCUCUCAACUACUGAUAUGGCUGACUUUGCUGUGGCCGAGGCUCUGGAGAAAUACGGUCUGGAGAAGGAAAAUCCCAGAGAUUACUGCAUCGCCCAGGUGAUUCAUGCAAAUGAUAAACCAGUGAAGGAGGCUAUACUAGACGACACAGAUUGCCCUCUGCAGAUCCUCAGAGACUGGACAAGCGAUACAGAGGCCUUAGUAUUCCAGCUGAAAAAGCGUCCUCCAGACUAUGCUCCAAGGAAAGGACGUAAGCCCGACAACAGGAUGGGGCCGCCUCACGGAUCCAUUCCUCCCGAGAAACUGCCCUACCUGGUUGAACUGAGCCCAGGGCGAGGGAGUCACUAUGCCUACUACUACCGCCAUCAUGAAGAUGGGUCAGACUCCAGGGAUAAACCCAAACUUUACCGACUACAGCAUAGCGUCACUGAGGUUGGAUCUGACCGGAGUGAAGAUGGAAAUAUUCAGCUGUUUGGACCUGGGAUUCUGCCUCAUCACUGUGACCUGAUGCAUGAGGACGGGCUGGUGACUGUGACCCCUGUCAGUUUGGAUGCUGAGACAUUCGUGGAUGGACAGCGGAUCUCUGACACUACGCUUCUGCGCAGCGGGGUGACCGUCCAGUUCGGAGCCACUCACGUCUUCAAAUUCGUAGACCCCAGCUAUGACCACAGCAUGUCCAGAGACCCAGGGCCCAUGAUGAAGGGCAGACACAAAUCAGGCAUCGUCCCAGAAACGACCUUUGACCUUCACGGGGACGUUCAUAGUGGCUCUGCUCUCCCUACAAGCAAGAGCUCAGGGAAGCUGGAGAUGGAGCGUUCAGGAAACAGUGAAAGAGGCCUGGUGAAGCCCAUGAUUAGAGGAGAACAACAGGACUUUAACAAACAUGAUGGAAGGUCCCAGGAUGGCCCAGAGCUCACUCUGCCGGCCACCAUCGAGUUCAGGGAAAACUCCGAGGAUGCCUUCCUGUCUGCCAUCAUUAACUACACCAACAGCUCAACGGUGCACUUCAAGCUGUCUCCCACCUAUGUGCUGUAUAUGACCUGCCGUUACGUUAUGUCCAGCCAGUACCGGCCUGACAUCAGCCCCUCUGAGCGAACACACAAGGUCAUAGGCAUUGUCAACAAGAUGGUGAGCAUGAUGGAAGGAGUUAUCCAGGAGAUUGCUGAAGGUGAUCAGAAACAGAAGAACAUCGCCGGGGCUCUGGCCUUCUGGAUGGCUAAUGCCUCAGAGCUACUGAACUUCAUCAAACAGGACAAGGAUCUGAGUCGCAUCACGCUAGAUGCACAGGAUGUUCUCGCUCACCUGGUUCAGAUGGCUUUUAAGUACCUGGUGCACUGCUUGCAGUCAGAUUUGAAUAACUACAUGCCAGCUUUCCUGGAAGAUCCCGAUGAACAGAACCCACAGAGGCCCAAGAUAGAGGAUGUUCUGCAGACAUUAACAGGCGCCAUGUCUCUUCUGCGGCGGUGCCGUGUCAACGCUGCCCUCACCAUUCAGCUGUUCUCGCAGCUCUUCCACUUCAUCAAUAUGUGGCUCUUUAACAAGCUGGUGACAGAGGCAGACUCGGGCCUGUGCUCGCACUAUUGGGGCGCCAUCCUGCGACAGCAGCUCAGCCACAUCGAGGCGUGGGCUGAGAAACAGGGUUUGGAGCUGGCUGCAGACUGCCACCUCAGUCGUAUAGUGCAGGCAACGACCCUCCUCACUAUGGACAAAUACUCCAUGCAAGAUGUGCAGAACAUCAACAACACCUGCUUCAAGCUCAACUCUCUGCAGCUCAAUGCUCUGCUGAGCAACUACCACUGCGCUCCUGAUGAACCCUACAUUCCUCCUGAGCUGAUUGAUCAUGUGGUGGCUGUGGCCGAGAACACGGCGGACGAACUGGCCCGAAGCGAUGGGCGGGAAGUACAGUUGGAAGAGGACCCUGACCUCCAGCUGCCUUUCCUACUGCCCGAGGAUGGCUACUCGUGCGACGUGGUGCGGAACAUUCCCAACGGAUUCCAAGAGUUCCUAGAGCCACUUUGCCAGAGAGGUUUCUGUCGAUUAACACCUCAUCCACGCUCUCCGGGAACUUGGACCAUCUAUUUUGAAGGAGCCGAUUGUGACAGUCACUUCUCAGCUGACACGUCAGAACUGCCAAUGCGGAAGGAACCGGAAAUUGUGACAGUGACUUUGAAGAAACACAAUGGGAUGGGCCUCAGCAUUGUGGCAGCCAAGGGUGCCGGACAGGACAAACUCGGCAUUUACAUCAAGUCUGUUGUUAAAGGAGGUGCGGCAGACAUGGAUGGGCGUCUGGCUGCUGGAGACCAGUUGCUCAGCGUGGAUGGACGAAGUCUGGUCGGCCUCUCACAAGAGAGGGCGGCGGAAUUGAUGACACGAACCGGCUCGGUCGUAACACUGGAGGUGGCCAAACAGGGAGCCAUUUACCAUGGUCUGGCCACACUCCUCAGCCAGCCGUCCCCCAUGAUGCCCCGCGCAUCAGACCGUGGACGUGGAGACAAGGGAAAGAUGAGACCAAAGAGCGAGGGCUUUGAGCUCUACAACAACUCUGUGCAGAACGGCUCGCCUGAGAGCCCCCAGGAAACGUGGGACACUUAUCCUGAACCAAAGAAGGAGGACAGGUUGUUGAAGAACCGUGCAGACCACCGCUCCAGCCCAAAUGUGGCUAACCAGGCCCAAAGUCCGGGUGGGAAGCCUGUUUAUCCUGGAGCCCCAGGAAAGAUCACUUCGGUCUCGACGGGUAACCUCUGCCCUGAUGAGGAGCCCUCACCACCCCGUCCAGAGGCAUAUCCGAUCCCCACUCAGACAUACCAAAGGGAAUACUUCACCUUCCCAGCCUCCAAAUCUCAGGACAGGAUGGGCCCUGGCCAGCCCUGGCAAAACAACGAACUGGAGCCUCUCCCCCCUAUGGAUAACCACUCUAACAACAGCAUGGCUAUGCAGCAGGUUGCUCGCUCUCAGGAGGAGUUGUGCGACAUGCCGGGCGGGUACCCAGGUGAACACCUGCGCCAAGAAGACCUGAUGCCCCUGCAGUACCAGCGAGGCGGAGGCGAGCACUGGAACCACCAGAUGUCCUCCUCGGUGGAGUCCAGCACAUCAAGCCAAGAACACCUCAACUACUCAUCAUCCUCUGGCUCCAGGAUCCAAGGCAAUCACAAGAGUGGCCCUGGCCGCUGGAAGACCCCAAUACCCAACUCCGGCCCCGUGGGCGUCUCCCAACCUUCCCGUUCAGAUCUUCCACCUCCUCCUCCUCCUCCGCCUGCGCACUAUGACUACGAGCCGCAAACAGACCUGCCGCUUCCUCCACCACCCUCCGUUACACAGCAACAGGCAGCAGCUGCUGCGGCCACGGCCGACCGCAAGAAACGCGAGGAGCAACAGCGCUGGUAUGAGAAGGAGAAGGCCAGGCUUGAAGAGGAGCGAGAGAGAAAGAGAAGAGACCAGGAGCGGAAGUUGGUGCAGAUUCGCAAUCCUCCAGGCCCAGUCAUGCACAACAACCAGCAUGGUCCACUGCCGCCCGCCCCUCAGCACCAACAGAUGCCCCAUUCACAGCUCCCCAUGCAGGUGCCCCAACCGUACCUUCCCCCGGUCCAGCCUUCCCAACCACCACAGCCACAACCCGCUCGACCCGACAAGCUAUCCAGCCUUCCCCGCCAGCCGCCACAGGACACAGUAAUACGUGACCUCUUGCCCCAGCAACAGCCACGCACCAUAGAAAGACGUGACUUGCAAUACAUCACCAUCAGCAAGGAGGAACUGUCCGCCAGUGACAGCCUGUCGCCUGACCCCUGGAAGAGGGAUGCCCGUGAGAAACUGGAGAAGCAGCAGCAGCUUCACAUCGUGGACCUCCUGGACAAGGAGAUCCAGGACCUUCAGGCCAAACCCGAACGCACAGCCGAGGAGAAUGACCGUCUGCGCAAGCUCAUGCUGGAGUGGCAGUUCCAGAAGAGACUGCAGGAGUCCAAGCAGAACGAGGAGGAUGAGGAGGAGGAGGAUGACGAAGAUGUAGACACCACGCUAAUUAUGCAGAGACUGGAGGCUGAGAAGAGAGCACGGCUACAGGACGAGGAGCGACGACGGAAACAGCAGUUGGAGGAAAUCCGUAAGCGUGAGGCAGAAGAGAGAGCCAAACAGGAAGAGGAGAGACACUGGAGAGAGGAGGAGAGAGCCAGGCGAGAGGCCGAGGAGAAGAGGAGACAGGAGAAAGAGUACUACACCCGCCUGGAGGCAGAGCGGCGCCGGCAGCACGAGGAAGCCGAGCGCAAGCUGCUGACGCCAGACGAGCCUGGUCUGUACAGACCCCCCCUACCCCGGGACUACCAGCCCCCUUCUCCCUCAAGCACCCCCGCCACUAACAACAACAGUGCCCCUCCGCCCCCACCUCAGAGAAACACCUCCUACCUCAAAACCCAGGUCACCUCCCCUGACACCAUUUACACUGCCAAGUUUGUCUCGUACAAUGAUGAGGAGGAGGAGGAUGAGGAGGACGCAGGCCUAACAGGAUUUAAUUCAUACACUGGAAACACAACAGGACUAGGAUCCGGAGAGAUUUACAAGGACCCGCGAGAGAAGUGGACGAAAGGCGGCCCAGAUCAGGAGAACACAAUAGGAGGAGCUCCAGAAAGCCUGACAUUUAAGGAGCGCCAGAGACUCUUCUCAAAGGGAAAGGAAGUGUCGAAUAAAGUGAAAGCGUCCCGGAAGCUCAUGGAACUGGAGAACGAGCUGAACGUAAAGCAGUAGUGAAGAGCCCUAGUAGGACUAAUUGCCAAUAUGUGACCCAUUCCUGGAAAAAAAAAAAAACACACACACAAAACACAUCCAGCUGUGGCUUCCCAGUCAUUUCCACAUGUUCUUUUUGGGUUUUAUUGAAUAACUGGACGAUUAAGUAUCAUUUAGCUGCAAUAAGAGACGAUAUUCCUAAAUUCCCUCAAAAGAUAUAUUAUAAUAAAGCACUGUAAAUUCUUUUAAUUAUAUUAAUAAGAAAACUGAAAUGACAUGAAGGGGGUAUAUUUUUGUUUAUGAAAUGUUAUUCAGAAAAUGACGCUCAUUUAAUUGUUUUUUAAUAGGCAGUAACGUGGGAUAUUUUAUGGUGUUAUUUUAUUCUCUUUCUACAUCUUUCCACUAUUUUUCUUUUGAAAGUUAAGUGCCGAUUUAAUAGACCAAUGUAAACAGCUCUGAGUACAUAACAGGGGUCCGCAUUGGUCCUUGAAUAUUAUUGAACAACUCAACAGUAGCGCGUGAACGAAACUUAUAUAGGAGGCUCACGUUGUUUUGUCAAAGUUUAUUAUUUUUAUUUUUCCAGCUGGUUCUUCCGCGUUCAUGGAUACUCAGGCACCUUUCUGCCAAUCUCGUGUCUACGUUCAAAUAAUUUUGCUCCGACAUGAGCUCUCAUAACCUUUUUGACACCAUUUGUGAAUUUCCUUUGAGAAUGUAGUCAUUUUUCUUGAUUAUUUUACUGCACCGUCUGCAAGUCUGUCAUUCCUUAAGAGCGCUGAGGUUUACCACUUUUCUAAAAUGUUUAGUUUUUGUGUUUAAAUGAAACGGAUGAUGUGUGACAGUAGCCAGCUGAUGUUGGUGAAGCAAAGUGUGAUGGUAGUAUAAUGUUAAAAAGAUAUGAUUUAAAUAAAGAGGUUUGUGGAAAUGAGAUGCAGGAGCCUUUUGAUUAGCAGGUAUUUAUUUGAACCUUCUCGACAUAGUGACAGAUUUGUUUGUUUUCAUAAGUCAGGAUAGAGUCGGCAGGUUAAAUUUGAUGAAUGAGUGACAAACGUGAGAUUUAAA